AUGCUCUCCGGUAUCCUAAUUUUCAACCAAAAAGGCGAAAACCUCAUCUUCCGUGCCUUCCGCAAUGACUGCCGCCCCCGGUUGGCCGACAUCUUCCGCAUCCAAGUCAUCUCCAACCCGCAAGUUCGCUCGCCCAUUCUCACGCUAGGAUCCACGACGUUCAGCCAUGUGAAGCACGAAAAUAUCUAUCUGGUAGCGGUGACCAAGAGCAACGCCAAUGCGGCGCUCGUGUUCGAGUUUUUGUAUCGGUUGGUGAUGCUGGGGAAGAGCUACUUUGGGAAAUUCGACGAGGAGGCGGUUAAGAAUAAUUUCGUUUUGGUUUAUGAGCUGCUGGAUGAGAUCCUCGACUUCGGAUACCCCCAAAACACGGAAACAGACACUCUGAAGAUGUACAUCACGACGGAGGGAGUCAAAUCCGCCAUCGUCAACAACCCCACCGACUCAAGCCGCAUCACCAUGCAAGCCACCGGCGCGCUCUCCUGGCGCCGCUCCGAUAUCAAAUACCGCAAGAACGAGGCCUUUGUUGACGUGAUCGAAGAUGUCAAUCUUUUAAUGUCCGCGACUGGCACCGUACUCCGCGCCGACGUCAACGGCCAGAUCGUCAUGCGCGCCUACCUCUCCGGCACACCGGAGUGCAAGUUCGGCCUCAACGAUCGCCUACUGCUCGACACUGAUGCGGCUGGUGGCUCAGAGUCCGGUCAACGGGGCAUGACAACGAAGGGAACUCGCGCCGCGGCGGGCUCCGUCACACUUGAGGACUGUCAAUUCCACCAGUGCGUGAAACUGGGCCGGUUCGACGCAGACCGCAUCAUCUCGUUCGUUCCGCCGGACGGCGAGUUCGAGCUCAUGCGAUACCGCGCGACGGAGAACGUAAACCUCCCGUUCAAGGUGCAUCCCAUCGUGAGGGAAGUGGGUACGACGAAGGUCGAAUACAGCGUCGCCAUCAAGGCGAACUAUAGCUCGAAACUCUUCGCGACGAACGUCGUCAUUCGCAUCCCGACGCCGCUCAACACAGCCAAAACCACCGAACGCACCAGUCAAGGCCGCGCCAAAUACGAACCCGAACACAACAACAUUGUCUGGAAGAUCGCCCGUUUCUCUGGUGGAAGCGAGUACGUGCUCACGGCCGAGGCAACGCUCACCAGCAUGACACAUCAGAAGGCUUGGAGCCGGCCGCCGCUCAGUCUCUCGUUCAGCCUUCUCAUGUUCACGAGUAGCGGACUGUUGGUCCGGUAUCUCAAGGUCUUUGAGAAGAGCAACUAUAGCAGUGUGAAGUGGGUACGGUAUAUGACUCGAGCAGGAAGUUACGAAAUUCGGUGCGUUCUUUGUCAACCCUCCAGCCUUAUCUCAUCUCACUACCAUUGUGUCCAAUACUAA